GCAAGCCGACUUUGAGUUUCGCGUUUUUUCAGUCGGGGACGAAGAGAAGUGAUAGCCGGACGCGUCUCAGACUCGUCGACGCUAGGCGCCGAUACAACCAUCACUCGUUCACGUCGUUGGAGCUCUUGGUGUACACGUGCACGUUCACAACUGCUAACGAGUGACACGACCGACGUAGUACGCUCUGCUGUGUGUGUCUUCUCGCACGUUCGAUCACUGUGCGCGUGAAUUGGUGCACGCCGAGUUUCUAGACGACUCUUUGACGUCUCCACUACGCCUGAGGAUUUCUGGAAGAACACCGAGUGGAAAAAAGACGAUGCCUAGUUUUAAGCAGAACGAGACGCGCGGCUGGCCCGAGAAUGUCGGCAUCCUUGCCAUGGAGAUCUACUUCCCGUACCUCUACGUGGACCAGACCGAGCUUGAGGCUUACGACGGCGUGUCGACUGGCAAGUACACGGUUGGCCUCGGUCAGGACCGCAUGGGCUUCUGCUCCGACCGUGAGGACAUCAACUCGCUCUGCCUGACCGUGACGAGCCGUCUUCUGGAACGGACAGGCGUGCCCCCCAGCCGCAUCGGCCGCCUCGAGGUCGGCACCGAGACGCUCGUCGACAAGUCCAAAAGUGUCAAGACGGUUCUCAUGCAGCUGUUUGAGGAAGCAGGCAACACAGACAUUGAGGGUGUGGACACAACCAAUGCCUGCUAUGGUGGCACGGCGGCACUGUUCAAUGCAGCCGCGUGGGUGGAGUCCAGUGCCUGGGACGGACGCUACGCCAUUGUGGUGGCCGCCGACAUUGCCGUGUACGCCACGGGCCCUGCCAGGCCCACAGGUGGCGCCGGUGCUGUGGCCAUGCUUGUCGGACCCAACGCAGCUCUUGUCCUAGAGAGAGGUGUGAGGUCGACCUACAUGAGUCACGUGUAUGACUUCUACAAGCCAGAUCUCCUCUCGGAGUACCCACGUGUCGACGGCAAGCUGUCGGUCGAGUGCUACAGCAGAGCCCUGGACAAGUGCUAUGCCGGUUUCUGCAAAAAGGCGAGAGCCGUUCGUGCCGAAGAGCACCACGACAGGCCGGUGACCCUAGACGACCUGGACGCCAUGCUGUUCCACGCUCCGUACGGGAAGCUGGUGCAAAAGAGCCUGGCCAGGCUUGUGCUCAAUGAUUUUCUGCGGGACUCGACAUCCCCUAAGUAUGCCAGCCUAGCUGGCUUCAGCUCUGUACAUUUAGAGGAGUCUGUGUUUGAUCGAGACGUGGAGAAGGCCUUCAUGAAGUUCAGCCAGCAGAUGUUUGAGGACAAGACCAAGCCAAGCCUCCUGGUGUCCAACCAAGUGGGCAACAUGUACACACCCUCUCUCUACUCCUGCCUCGCAUCUUACCUCGCGAGCUUUCCCGUAUCCCAGUUAGCAGGCAAGCGCAUUGGGAUGUUCUCAUACGGUUCCGGCCUAGCAGCGACCCUGUUCAGCCUCUGCGUGACAAACAACUUGGGGCCGGACUCGGCACUGCACGAGCUGCAUGCCAGCCUGGUUGACCUGCGUGCGCGGCUUGCCCAGCGCCGCAAGGUAGCACCCGAGGAGUUUGCCCUCAUCAUGAAGCUCCGUGAGGAGACACACCAUCAAGCACCGUACACGCCCGUCGGUCCUUUGGAUGACCUCUUUCCGGGCACAUGGUACCUUGCAUCGGUGGACAGCAUGCACCGGCGGCAUUAUCAGCGCCUGCCACUUGCAACUGCAAACGGAAAGGCUCCAGUGGCAACCACGCUCAAGGAGUUCAACAGCAGCGAGGUGACUACCAACGGUCAAGCCAUCGCACACGAGACCUAGCAACGCGGAAGAACCUGUGGCGUUGGCGAAGACCGUCCGUGUGCUUCACUGCCUCUUUCCUUCCCUUCCUUUUCUAGCUCGGUUUUGUUAUUCGUUUCCUUUAACGUCAGUUUAUCAGCCACAUUAUUACUUUUUUUUUCCUUCAUCCCACCUUUAAUUUACCCUGCGUUAACAUUGUAGCGACGGUUAUUUUAAUGAACAUUUUUCUUCACUACAAAGCUGAGCAAAGUACUCCCGCGAGCCUCCAAACAAAACUGUCUCCGCGUCGCGACGACUGGCCGUCGUCGUCGACUCCGGUACACGGUAUCUCGCCGCCUCGGAAACGCCCGCACGUUGUGUCGUCGGACUCUGCCUGGAGUUGUGUCAUCGAGCGCGCCGCGCGAGCGGCGCGCAGGGAACUACAGUGGCCUUGGAUGAGGAGCGUGUUGAAGUCUCGUUAGCGUAUGUUGGGAAGGAAAGAAGGAAAGCGUUGAGGAGUUGCGUGCAUUUUACGUUGUUGGCUCUGUUGUAGAAGAUAUAAAAGUCGUUGUAUGCGAUGGGAUCGUGUGAAAUGCCUGCUGAAGCUGGAAAUAUGUAGGGAUAGAUUCCAGUGUACAUACGUCUCACUGCACAGCCCUUAGCCUCCACAGAAGGGGACAGUUGCUCUUUCAUAUCUUGCGUUUUCUUUUUUCAUACUGCCUGCCUGCGAACAAAAUGCAGAUUGUCGUGUCGAUAAGUGAGUAGUGCUGUUUACUGUGAAUAUAGCGAUGAAAUCGCAGUGGCACGGAGUUUUGUGAGGGGGUCGCGCACUUAAGUAUCCUUUGUUCGUUGACUGUUACGGCAUCACUUUGUUUGCGGAAGUUUUUGUUUUGCGAAUCCCAGUGAAAUGAAUUUACCUGUUGGACUCUGCUGCAAAAUGCCAUAACGGUCUUGGAACGAAGGUGAAAAAAAUGUGGAUCUUAUUGGCCACAGAAAAAAAAAAGGGCUGGGGGGUGGGGGGGGGGGGGGAUGUUGCCCAAUGUUUUCACAGUUAAUAUAAAGAUAAAAAUUUUGUCGUGUGUCUUACUUUCCUGCACUUUGUAGAGGAGACGGUAUGAGAAUGUGUUACCCAUUAACGCAUUACUGCUAAACCAAUGUGGAGGUGUUUUUUUUAUUUAUUCUGUUUUCUCGAGAGCACUUGUUUUAAUACUUUUUUUUUUCAUUUGGUAUGUGGGUUAUCGCGUAAUAUUUUGCAUAAUUUAGAGGAGCACGUAGUGCAGCUUUAUUCAGAAGAUUAUUGCCGUUUUAUUAGGAGAAAUGACCAAACAUUCGCGCGUAAAAUUUUUUAUACAUAGGAAUGUAAUAGGAAGUGACGUGCCGCCUUUUAUGCUGGAAGAGUUUGGAUAUGCAUUGGUGUCCUUCGUCGAUUGUUUUUCUAUGACAUCCGAUUGUAACCCAUAAUACCAAGAUACCUUUGAUCUGUGAUGCAAGGCGCAGCUUGUAUUGACAAAUAAAGGUUGUAAUUAUCUUUUUA